UCUUUUAUUUUGAGCACUCUCCUUAUAAACAAAAUUAACAACUUUCUCUUUCUUUCUCACUUUCUUCCCUUCUUGUUACAAUCUUAAAUCUUUCCUUAUUUCCAACAAUCGAACCAUGGAAGUCGUUCUGGAGCCUGUCGUCUCCGAACUCGUUAUGGGGUUGUUUAAGAUAUUGGGGUCCAAUGAAGUGCGGGACUUUGCCCAGCAACUUGUCGGAGGGGUAGAUUCAGAGAUCAAAGAGCUGGAGAACAAGUUGCAGAUGGUUGAAGACCUUCUUCGCAAUGCAGAAGACAGGCAGCUGAUGGGUAAACAAGUCAAAGAGUGGCUUGACAAUCUUCAACAUUGGGCUCAUGAUGCGGAGGACUUACUGGAUGAGUUUGCCUACGAAGCUUUGCGACACAAACGCAAGGCAGAACACCAGGCUAGCUCCAGCAGAGGAUUUAGCUGUCUCCCAGCUUCUUUCUCUAGUCCUUUGUUCGCUGUCCAGAUGGGGUGCAAGAUCAAAAGAAUCAAUAGCCGGUUGGAACAACUCUGUGGGAAAAGAUCAGAAGAACUUAAGUUGCUGGAGCUUUCUGGACUGCCACCAACUAACGUCUCUGCACCGCAAAAACCAGAGGAAACUUCAAGCGUCCCACCUGAACAAGUUGUUUAUGGCAGAAGUGAAGAUGAAGCCGAACUAUUGAAAAUGGUGAAAAGCGGUACCAACUUUCAAGUGAUAGCAGUUGUCGGCAUGGGAGGGAUCGGCAAAACGACAAUUGCUCGGGUUGUGUACAACCACACGGAGUCGGAAGAUUUCAAGUUUGAGAAAAAAGCGUGGGUGUGCGUUUCAACCACAACCACCUUUGACGUUCUCAAAAUCUCAAAGGAACUUCUUCAGCAAGUCUCAUCCUUUGAUCCAAAUAAUUAUAAUUUGAAUGAAGUGCAAGUUAAGCUGAAAGAGGUAGUAAGUGGAAAGCAAUUCUUGAUAGUAUUAGACGAUAUUUGGAAGGUGGAGUAUAAGAAUUGGGAACAGCUCAUGUCUCCUUUCACAGCUGGUGCACCUGGAAGCAUGAUGAUCGUGACAACACGCGAUAUACAUGUUGCACAAGAAAUAAGAUGCUCUCAUACUCAUCGAUUAAGGCUUUUAUCUGACGAAGCUUGUAAGUCCUUGUUUGAGGAGCAUGCAUUUGGGACUGGUGCAUUUGCUGUUCCUAAUCAAAUUUCGGAUUCAAUUUACAAGAGAGUUGUUGAAAGGUGUGGCGGUCUACCACUGGCAGCAAAGACCCUCGGUGGUCUUCUACGCUUUAAGCAGAGCGAUAAAUGGGAAAAUAUAUUGGAAAGCAAAAUAUGGAGUACACCUAAUGAAAGUGAUCACGUUCUCCCAGCAUUAAAGCUAAGCUAUUAUUAUCUUCCUUCCAAUCUAAAAAGAUGUUUUGGCUAUUGCUCAAUUUUUCCUCAGGAUUACGAAUUUGAGGAGAAGGAACUUGCACUUUUAUGGAUUGCUGAAGGUAUUGUUCAGCCAUCUGAGAAGCAACUAGAUGAGGCAAGUGAGUGUUUUCAUAAAUUAUGUUUAUGGUCGCUUUUCCAACAAUUAAGUAGCGAUAGUUCUGAAUAUGUUAUGCAUGAUCUUGUUCAUGAUCUUGCUCGAUGGGCUUUUGAAGGAAUCGAUUUUAGAUCUGAGCAAAAUAUUGUUGAGCCAUCAAAAUAUUUUGAAAAAGUUCGUCAUUUUACUUAUGAACCUGAUCGUUGCACUAAAAUAAAUAAAUUUAAAGCUUUGGAAAAAGCAAAAAGUCUAAGAACAUUUUUGCACGUGAGACAUGUAUGGUGUGGUUUUAUAAGUGCUAUAGUUAUUUCUGAUUUGUUGCCAAAGUUAAAAAUGUUGAGAGUACUAUCUUUUGAAGGAUAUCAAAUAAUUUAUUUACCUGAUUUAAUUGGAGAUAUGAUACAUUUAAGGUAUCUCAACUUUUCUAAUACUAAGAUAAGAAGUUUGCCUGAGUCAACAUGUCAAUUAUUUAACUUGCAAACUUUGCUAUUGAAAGACUGUUUUGAUCUCGUGAAAUUACCUUCCAAAAUGAGAUAUUUGACUAAUCUUUGUCAUCUUGAUAUAAGUGGUGAAAAUUCAUUGAAAGAGAUGCCAUUCGAAAUAGAAAAGUUGAAAAAUCUUCAAAUAUUGUCUAAUUUUAUUGUGGGCAAGGAUAAAGGUUCUCAUUUGGAAGAUUUGAGGAGUUUAAGUUUUCUUCGAGAGCUUCACAUUUCAGAAUUACAGAAUGUGACAGAUCUAAAUCACAUACAAGAGCAAAUACUAAGCAAUAAGAGCAAACUAAAAGUGUUGAUACUAGAAUGGAGAGAUCAAGUAAACUCACAGGCAAUAGAUGUAGAAAUGAAUCUACUUGACAAGCUAAAGCCUCCUAUCAAUUUAAGAGAACUCACAAUCAGAGGCUAUAGUGGUGAAAGUUUUCCAUCUUGGUUAGGAGAUUCGUCACGACUCUCUAAUUUGCGUGUGUUUACUAUUGAAAAAUGUCCCCAACUUAUUGGAGAAGUUCCUAAUUAUUUUUCUUCAUUAGAAAGAUUUAUUAUUAAGGAUUGUCCAAAGUUGGUGGUCUCGUUAUCAAAUUAUCCUAUAGGUUGCAAAUUAGAAAUUAAUAAUUGUAAAGGAAUGGUAUGUAAUGAUGGUUCAAUUGAUUUUGAGAAUUUGGAUUCUAAAUAUCUUGCAAAUAUUUCGACUGUUGAAGAUAAAUUAAAUAAAGGUUCUCAAAGAGUAUAUCAUUUGAGGAUUGCUCAUAAUGAAGAGAUUAUGAAAUCAUGGCAAAGUUUGGAAAACACCAAUUUUCUUUCCAAUAUAAAUUCUCUUGAGAUUAGUGAGUGUCAGAAUCUAAGAUCUAUUGGAAGGGGCAUGCUACCAUCAUCUCUGGAAGAAUUUCAUAUUAAUUCCUGUCAGACUCUAACAUUCAUUGAUAGCGAUGUCUUACCUUUAUCUGUAAAAAGGCUUAGGAUUGAAGAAUGUAGAGAACUGAAAUUUUUGAAGGAUUUAAGUGUUUGUUCUCUUAUUGAGUCCAUAAGUGUUUUAUGGUGUAAAUCUCUCAAGUGCAUAUCAUUAGAUGGUCCGUUGCCUGAGACACUCAACCAACUAGAUGUUGGUUAUUGCAGUGCGCUGGAAACAUUAUCAUCUCGUAGAAAUGAGUACCUCCCUAAGGCACUUACAUCCAUCUAUAUUGUUGUUUGUGAAGAGCUAAAGUCAAUUGCUGAGUCCUUUGAUAAUAGCACGUGUCUUAAAAAUAUUACUUUAGCGUAUUGUGAAAAUCUUGAAUCCUUACCUUCAGGUCUACACCAUCUUCCAUUGCCUUGAGUCUAUUAAAAUAGAUGGAUGUCCAAAAUUGUCGGUGAGAGAAGGUGUUCCCACCAGCCUUAGACAACUCUUAUUUAAUGAAUGUGAAGAUGACAAGGGAAUGGGAAUGGGAAUAAGAAAACUCACCUCUCCAAAAAAGUUGCAAAUUGGAGAACUCCCACAGCUUAAAUCCAUCUCAGACCUGACCAACCUCACCGCUCUUGAAGGGUUGGGUAUCAAUUCACUCCCACUGCUUGAAUCCAUCUCAGACCUGAACAACCUCAAAUCUCUAAAAGAGUUACGAAUCAACAAUCUCCCACAGCUUGAACUAAUUUCAAAUCUCAGCGGCCUCACCUCUCUUACAGAGUUGUACAUUGCGAAAUGCCAAAAGCUCAAAUCAAUUCCAAGUCUCAGCGGCCUCACCUCUCUUGAAAGUUUGGAAAUCCAUGAUCUCCCACAGCUUGAAUCAAUUCCAAGUCUCAGCGGCCUCAUCUCUCUUGAAAGUUUGCAAAUCUUUGCUCUCCCACAGCUUGAAUCAAUUCCAAGUCUCAGCGGCCUCACCUCUCUUGAAAGGUUGAACAUCGCUAAUCUCCCACAGCUUGAAUCAAUCCAAGAUCUGAGCAACCUCACCUCUCUUACAGAUUUCAUAAUUUCCAAUUGCCCAAGGAUCAAAUUAAUUCCAAGUCUGAGCAGCCAUACCUCUCAUGAACAAUUGGUGAUUGCGGAUUGCCCAAACCUUAGAUCCAUUCCCGAUCUUGGCAACUUCAAAGAUUUAUCAAUUAUAAAAUGCCCAAAACUCAAAUCCCUGCAAACCCUGCCAUCCUCACUUCAGUCUGUAUGGAUUACAGAUUGUCCACUGCUUAUAAAACGAUGGAAAAAUGUUAGGGGAAAAUAUUCCUCAAAGAUUGCUCAAAUUCCUAAAGUUGUAAUAGAUGGCAAAUUCAUCUACAAUUCAAAGGAGUACGAAGUUGAUCUUUCGCGCUUCUUUCUCUAAUUUUCCAAAUGGCACAGAUACAUCUAAUUCCAUCAAAGGUGAUGGUCAACAAGAAUCUCUCAAUUAUAGUUUGUCCAGGACUGCUAUGCUUAGAUUCAAUGUUGUAGAAAUCAUUGGAAAGGCUUAAAAUUUUCAUUCUCUAACUUCAUAUAUUUGACUAUAACAAAAUUCUGAGCUAUCAACAAUAUUCUCAUAUUGAAGUUUACUAAGCAAGAAGCAAGUAAAAAAUAUUUCUCUAGUUUCAGAAGUAGAGGAUGGCAUUUUGAUCUUAUAAAUUGAAAGUGGUUCCUCUGUUUCAAAACUUCUCUACUUUGUCAUCUCAUAGAUUGUCUCAACUUUUGUGGUUCCAAGGUAAUCAAAAGUAAGCAAUCUCUGCAAUUUUUCUUCAGGUGCCACUGUCUCCAACUUAGACAAGCAACUGUUAGAACCUAAUCCUGGCAUGUCUAAGUUUUCCGGAACUAAACUUACUGCAUGUCUGCUUGCUGAAAUUCCAAUACUGAGAUUGUAUCUUCUAGCUGUUGCAACAGUUAAUCAAGUAGCAUUUUUCCUGCUUGUGGGAUCCCCAAGCUUAAAUUAACAUUGCAGAGAUCGUUGUAGGGCUUAAAGUUUUCCUCCUCCAACUUCAUAUGUUGAGCAAAACGAAGUAAUAGACCUCUCUAUAUCCUGCUAAAGCAGUACAACCAGUCAAUGCUCAUAUAACAAAGCUCAUAAGGAGAGCAUGUCACCUUAAUUUGAAUGUUUUAAUAUUCAAGGCGAAUAUUGAAAGAAUUUCAAGAUGAAAUCAACAUAACUUUAAGAGAGUUUCGUGUCACCUUUGAUAAAAGACUCGAAUAAGAAGUUCAGCUUGUGACAUUUUUGCAGUAGCUUGUGAUCAAUCAAUUUCUAUUGUGAAACUGUGAGUAAAAAUUUCUAGUAUCACAUACUACAAACUUUGGAGAUCAGGAGGUUUUUUGCAUAUAUAAUUUACCAUAAAAGAAUUGCUAGAUCUGAUAAGUACCAGCCCUUCUUAGAUCAACUAAACGGUGGUCUGACAUCCCGUAAGUAAGUUCAUAAUAAGAUUUCUCUCAAAGGCAUGUGAUAUUGAUACUUGUCCCUUGUUACUCGACAACUUGUUGAAAUAAAGAAAAGGAAAGACAGGACAAGAAAUCUCUUGAAGCAAAUGGAUGAGGUUAAAGAACAUUACAUCGCUUCAGAAAUUUGUAAUAUUUAUCUUCAGGACAACUUGUUGAAAUUGUACUCUUGUAUCAUUUGUUUCAUGUAUUUCUACAACUCUGUCAAUUUCAUGAUUCAUUUUUCUUGGUUUGGCAGGUAAUCUGGUAGCAGAGUUGAAAGUUAAGUACAUAAACAGCAACACGGCUACAGAAAUGGAGGAAUUGCUUUCUUCUUGGAGGUUUGAAGCCUUGUUUCGUGUGGAUGUUGGUUCCUCCUCUCCACAGGUUAGAAGACUUUGCUGCUACAUCCAGGUUUAUGGCUUUCUUGGAGCAAGAUGAUUACUUUCCCUACUGUUCCUUCACGAAUGUGUCAGAAUUUAUGGCUGCCUUUUCACUUCUGGAGGAAUUUUCUGCUGCUGAACUUGUAGUUCUUGUUGGUUUGCUCUUUGCUGGUGCCGUGACUAAGCAAGAUGAUGUUGGUUAAUUUCCUCUACAAUUCUGGUCCAGCUACAAUCAGUUUGCAGUUUCUUUUUCUCGCUUUGCGAUAUUAUUUUUUGCCUUUCAGUUUGGAUGGUCUCUAUUGCUGUUUUGUGUUUGAAGUUGACUGCUUGGUGCCGAGUUGUCUUUCUAUUUUCAUAAAUUUUUUGGUAACCGAAGAAACUUUUUCAGCUUAGGAAAAUUCCAAUAUUUGAGAUUCUAAAUAAAGUAAAUUCUUCAUUUCUUGUUUCAUUUUUCAAUUCCUGAGAGGACCUUUCAACAACUGAUUAGAUAAUCUUAUGAUUUGUCUUUUUUGUGAGUUUUGAAUUCAGGGGAGGAACAUUUAGAGGCAGAAGUUGAAAUAUUUUCCAUCUAAUUGAUUUGAAGCUUAUCUUGUGCAAUUUAGGUUUACUUACACAAUAUGGACAACACAAUGUAGGACCCCUAUAUGCGUGGAUUCAGUGUUGCAAGAAUCAUUGGAAAGGCUUAAAAUUUUCCUUCUCUGACUUCAUUGAAUCUUGAAAGAAUUUCGAGAUGAAUUCCACACAACUACAAAAGAGUUACAUGUCACUGUGAAUGAAAGGCUCAAAUAAGAUAUUCAGCUUAUGACAUUUCUGUAAUAACUUAAACUACUUAAGUAAAAAUCUCUAGAAUCACGUCUCACAUACUUUGGAGAUCAAGAGGUGUUCUGCUUAUAUAAUUUACAAGAUUUGAUAAGUUCCGGUCCUUACUAGCUUAACUAAACAAUCUCAUAUCCCUUAAAAAAGGGAAGACAAGGCAAGAAAUCUCCUGAAACAAAUUGAUGAGAUUAAAACACAUUACAUCGCUUCAAAUAUUUGUGAUAUGAUUACAAUGUUUGAAAGUUAAGAACUCAAACAACAACACAACUGCAAAAAAGGGAGAAAAUAUAAAGAAUUUUGAAGAAUAAACCACUAGAUCAUUGUUUCACAAACUUGGGGCUCAUCGUGUCCCUAUGACAUCGUAAACUUAAUGUGAUGAUAAGAGGAAUGUGAUGCUGGUAAAGCAACAAUGUAGAUAAAGGAAAUCUACUGAAACAGCAUGACAUCAGUUCCAAUCGUGAUGAUGACCUAGGGGCAGAAUUGGAAAAAUUAAGUUCACUAACAUCAAACAGCUAGUGACUUGGAGAAAAUCUAAAAACUGUUAAGGCCACAAACCACUAGAUCAUUGCUUCACAAACUUGGGGCUUCAUCAUGUCACCAUGUCAAAAAAUGCAGUUGCAGGGUGAUACAGACCUGGAGUUUUGCCUUGAAGCUGCUGUUCACUGCUGCUGGAUUAGUGGUAUCAGGAUGUUUGCUGGAGAUUUUAAUGUGUUUGGGGAUGAAAUACAUGCUGAAGAUGUGGUGCUGGUUUGGAUCUUCCUUGCUGCUGCACUCCUCUUACUGAACUAAUACUGGAACAAGAAAUCUGGAAUUUAUGUUCUUUUAACAUAAAUUCCUUGAUUGUGUGGUGUAUGUGAGACAAAUUUUUUCUUUAUUGAUUGCAUAGUAAAUUGAAGACAAUUUUUCAUCCUUGAUUAUGUAGUAAAUUGAGAACAAAUUUUUUCCUUGAUUGUGUUGUGAAUUGAAGAUAAAAAAAUCAGUUUCUAUUUGUAUGGUAAA